AGCAGACUGCCUGACACAACAAAUGUUUGUUUACGUUUCUCUUAUUCAUUUCGGUUUCUCGGGUACAUUGAUUAUGAUACGGGAUUGUGCAAUGCAUAAGCUUUAAUCUUGUGACUCUUCAGCUGGAUUUGGAAUUUUAUCAGUCAUGGAUGAAAUAAUCACAGAUGAUGUACCUUUAGAGAUGGCAUCACAUUCUCCAAAAAGUCAGCGAAGUGCCUCUAUGACUUCACGCUUUUAUGAAGCAGAAUCAGAGGACCAAAAUGUGAAAUCAUUUAUUGAAAAUACCAGUGCUAAUGUCAAGCACAGAAAUACUGAUGCAAAAAUCAGACAGUCAAGACAUCUACCUUAUUGGGCUUGGUAUCUCAUAGCAAGAUCUCAUGGAAUUCCAUUAAAACCAGAAUCUAAACCUAUAUUAGGAACAUUUUUACAUGGUUUGACUUUUGCUGGAGCUCUUACUUAUGCUAUGUCUUACACUUGGUUUGUUGUAUAUGAUAUUAUUUCUCCUAAUACACCAAGAGAUAUCCCAGGAGGAUCCAUUAGUAUCUUACUUGUUUACUUUUGGUGUGGGUUUGGAUAUUAUUGUAAAGAUUUGAGUAGUCGUCUUUUUUUGCAUCCAAGAUUCUUAAAAGACAUUAGAAUGCAUACAAGAACUGUUUUUAAGAUGAAUGGAGCUUUGCUAGUAUUUAUUUUAGGAUUUUUUUUCACAAUUGCUAAUGUUGUUGAAAGUUUAUCAUGGUUUUCAGACCCAUAUUGUGCAAAGAUCGACUUAGAUGAUAUUGUUUGUCAAAUCAUGAGUGUAUCCAGUAUUUUCUUUUCAGUGUUUACUCUAGUUUGGCAUGCUCUUGUAUCAUUUAUUUUUAUGUCUGUCUGCAGAACUCAUACUAUAGGUAUUAGACGAUUCAUUAAAGAAAUUGAAUAUGAUGCUUCAUUAAUUGAUCACCAUCUAUCCUUUACUCAGCAUUUUUUACCUUUUAACCAGGAUGAUAUAUGGCAAGAAUCAUUAUGGAUUGCAGAGGAUGAAAAUGAUGAAGAAUAUACAAGUUAUCAACCAAAGACUCGUCACUCAAUGUCUGUAUCGAAAAAAGAUAUUAAUCCUAGGAUGAGAGUUUCUGCACCAAACAUUAGAAAUGUCAAUCAACAAGGAGAAAUAAGUGUCUUGUUUGCUCCCAUAACAGACAAUGUUGAUGCUGUUGCUGAGGAUCAAUCUUCUGUUUCAGAAUUUGAAUGGAAUUAUUUUCGAGAGGAUAAAGCUUUUAUACCAGUUCAUAGAGUAAUUAAAGCUAGCAAAACUAUGCCUGAAGAUACUGCUACUACUCCCCAUACCAUGUCUAAUGCUGAAUUAAUGCAUCAUUUUUGGAAAUUAAAUUGCCGCUUACGAUUUUCUUCGUAUGCACUUCAAAGGUGGUAUGCGAGUUUUGUAUCAUUGGUGUUAUUACGAUGCUCAACUUAUCUAGUUCACUGGUUAGGACAUCCUGCCACCAUUUAUGACAUUUUACAAUUUGCUCUUCCAUUGAUCAUGAUGGUUGUUUUAUCCACGGCUAUUGCAGAAGUUAAUUUUGAAAGCCAGAGAGUAUUACGUUGCAUAUAUCCGACAGAACAGCGUAUUAAACCACUUCAGUAUAUGGCAUUAAAUCCUCUUCAGAUGUCGGUAUAUGGUUUUGGAAUGACUCAUGGUACCAUUGUUACAGUUGUGUUUGCUAUGUUAGUUGGUUUUGUAUCUAAAAUUGUUAUUACUGAAAUGACGAAAUCCUGAAAAUACAAAUUGUUAAUUAGUAUUUUAGUAAUAUGAUAUUGUUGAUUAUUUUGCAUUUUCUAAACUCUAGGCUUUAGAUAUUUUUUUGAAGUUGGGUUGAGUGAAAGAAGGUUCAUUUCUGUAGUUUUAAACCAAAUCUUAUUGGUUAGAAUGUUUCCAUGUUUUAUUUAGAGCAGAGCUUCCUAAACCAGCACUUGAAUAAUAACAUUUUCAAAAAAAGAAAAACAAGGUGAUAGAUGCAUACAAAAAUGAAAUGUAUCCAUUUUAUGAUAGAAAGUAAUUAAUACAAGUGAUAUUUUUUUACAUGUACGUGAUGUUUAUUAAUGUUGAAAUUUUCUUUUUAUGUUGAAUAAUUUUAAUUAUAGUGGAAUAAUUUUCUUGCUAAAUAUUACUUAUGAAAACCGUUUUCUUUUUAUCAAAAUGAAUAUAUCCAAACUAAAGUGCUAAUAAUUUACAUUCAUUAAUGCUCUAAUUUUCUAUAUUUUUCCAUAUAUAUCUCUUAUUUUAUUUCAUCAAACAACCAUUUUUCUUUUUGUGGCUGAAAUUUAAGCUCUGAUUUAGAACUAUUCUGUCACUAUCAAUUGAUACAUCUUGCAUCUUUUUUAGAAUAAACAAUAUACCUGUUAAAUACAUUGUCUGUUUGUUAACCAUAUUCAUUUGAAGUCUGGUGGAACUGAUUUAGUAUUAUAAAUCUUUUUUUUUUAUGUUAAAACAAUGACAUGUUGCUUUUUAUUUUAUAAUGAAAUUCAAAGUCUGAUUGAACUGGUUAAUAACAAAUGUUAUAGUAUCUAUUUUUUUUAUAAAUUAUUUCUCAUUAUAAAUAAUUGAAUGACAUAAAUAUGUAUUUUGGAUAUAUAUUCUAUAACGAAUUCUGUGAUUAUAUUACUUACACUUUGUCCACCUAUUUUACUGUGAUAAAUUGUAUACUGGAAGUGUGUAUAUUGUAAAAGGUUUUUCCAUUAUGUAGAUAAUAUACAUUCCUAUAUUCGCUUCAAAUACUGAUAAAACAUUUUCCUUUAAAAGCUUUUUGUAUGUACCCAAAAUAUAGAUGAUAAGGUUUAUACGAGUAUUUUUUCAUUUUUCUUUACUUAAAACAUACAUUUCUAUCACUUUUUCAUAGAUAUAACAAUGUAGUUUCCUUUGUUAUAAAUUACAACUAUUUUAAGCAGAUUGGUUAGAAUUAAUUUGGUAUAUUAGAAGAUCUGAUAAAUUAUAUACUUAUAUUUCUGUGAUUCUGGUUGUUAUAUUUUUUAGCCUAGAAAUUAUGUUCACAGUUAUAAGUUCAUUGUUUCUGUAUCAUUAUAUUUCUGACCAGUCUAUCUCUUGGUGGAAGAGUUUCAUGUUCUGCCAAAUCAAAUGACAGUCAGUAGUUUUAUAGUCAAAUGACUGCACUGUGAUUUUGGACUCUGAUUAAUCUGAAAGCCCUCUGUGUAUGUAGUUGCAUAUAAAAUUUGAUUGUGGAUCAAGGAUUUCCCUGUUUGUGCAGUUUAAAAGUUUAUAUAUUAAAAUACAAGCCAAAGAGCAAUACUUGCUAUUUUAUUGCAAUUCAAAAUUAAAAAGAAUCUUUAAAAUAAUGAACUCAUCCAAUUUAACUAACUCUGAAGAGAGUGAAACAUGUUUCAUAUUUUGGAUGAAUUUUAUAAACAUAAUUGCUUUAUAUUAAUUUUAAUAGUUUUUCUUAAAUCACUUUAAAAGAAAAUUUUUUUUAAUACAUAUGUCUCUAUAUUUAAUUUCUUUAAAAUUUCAUGAGAAUAGUUUUUUUAAAAGAACUUUUUAUCUCAAUCAUCAACCGAAAAUUUCAACAAUAUUUUGCUAAUCAUUUUUUUAUAAAAUAUUUAAUAUAGGGUUUCUUUUUAAUGCUAUGUCAUUUCUUUUAAAAAUGAUCUUAAAUAUAUAU